AUGUCUCAACGGAAUAGCAGAGAUUACGAUGGGGAGACCUUCGACGAUGCCUCCGAAGUUCCUCAGUCCCACAGCAACCUCAGCGUUUCAAUUCCCCAGGGGUCAUCAACGCGCUCUCUAACCGACAGCUCGCCUAGUGGCUCGGGCCAGACCCCGCAACUCCCUGACGCUCCCUCUCCUCAAACAUCCGCCUCGCAGGAAGAGCAUAAACAAGCCGAAGAGAAAGCAACGGAUGAUGCUAGUUCGGACAGAGUGUCGGAAGCGGAAACGCCCCGCGACCCAAAUCACAAACCGCAAAAGUCCCCAUUAUUGACGGCUCACCGACUAUCCACCACAUCCCUUGACGAAGUGAACCUAGCCGGCGGUAAUAAAGACGGAGAAUCCCCCGAAGAUCCCGAUUUGCACCAGGAGGCCAAACCAGUCUCACCCCCGCCUUUGCCGUCAAGGGACUCAACGUCGACCCAAAGUGUUCAAGGUCUAUCCAACAACCUCCCCUCGGUCCCGUGGGCCCCUCCUCCGGUCAACAAGAAUCCCCCACCAGCCGCGCCGCCGCCGCCUCCGGCGCGCAAACUGACCGGUCCAUUUGCCUGGCUUUCUCGGAACUCCACGGGCGGCAAAGAAGUCAAAUCUCCUCCAGCCACAGACCGCCGAAACACCAAUGCCUCGGAAUCGACGGUCUUUAGCAACUUGGAGAUGGCUGCAGAAGAUGGGGAGAGAGGGAGACCAAGACGGAACAGUCUGAAAGACCAGUUCAAGCAGUUGCGCAUGCGAGAGGAGAAACAGGUCUCGGAAGCCGACGAUGGGAGUGUCACGUCUGGACGUGGCAGCAUCAGUCACUCCGCUGGAAGCCCGCCUCCCAGUAUUCCCGAAGAGGGGCAUGAAUCGCCGGCCGCUACUUCGGCAACAUCACCCCCUAGUACAUCGUCCACUGUCAAUCCGAAUCUUGCCCCGGGCACGGUCUCGGGCUUCUCGACUUCUGCGACCGAUGCGUCAGUGCCCGUUGAUUGGGAACUCUGGCAGCAAUUGGUCAACGGCGGCGCCCAAGCGCUGAAGGGUGCCAACUCGGACGAUUUGAACGCGGCAAUUAAACGGGGAAUCCCGCAAACCAUUCGCGGGGUCAUCUGGCAAGUCCUGGCUGACAGCAGAAACCCCGGUCUCGAAGAAUUGUACAGGGAAUUGGUCGCGCGCGGUACGGACAAGGAAAGGCAUCACUCCAUCAACGGCACCGCCCACGAGAAUUCGACGGCGUCUUCGUCACGCUCGUCUAUUCGCUCUGAACGCUCUCCGUCGGUCGCGCACUCGGUCAACGGGUCACCCAGCCCGACCCGGGAGGCCGACCCUGAGAAGCUGACCAAGGAGCAAGCGAAGAAAGCCAAGGAUGAAGCCGCCGCCCUUCAAAAACUGGAGAAGGUCAUUCGGCGCGACUUGGGUGCACGCACGAGCUAUUCCCGCUACUUCGUGUCGCAAGGCAACCAGGAAGGCCUCUUCGGUCUGUGCAAAGCCUACGCUCUCUACGACGAAGCGGUCGGUUACGCCCAAGGCAUGAAUUUCAUCGCCAUGCCUCUGCUGUUCAAUAUGGACGAGGUGGAGGCGUUCACCCUCCUGACGAAACUCAUGAACCAAUACGGAUUGCGUGAGAUGUUCAUCCAGGAUAUGCCAGGUCUCCAUCGCGCCCUCUACCUCUUUGAGCGACUCCUUGAGGACCUGGAGCCGGCCCUCUGCUGUCACCUUCACCGGCGCGGAGUCAACCCCCAAUUGUACGCGACUCAGUGGUUCCUCACCCUGUUCGCUUAUCGGUUCCCCCUGCAGCUGGUUCUUCGCAUCUACGAUCUUAUAUUCGAAGAGGGUCUGGAAAGCACCAUUCUGAAAUUCGCUCUUGCCAUUAUGCGGCGCAACGCAGACACUCUUUUGGGCAUGAAGGACAUGACGCCCCUGACAGCCUUCCUGAAAGAGCGCCUGUUCGAUGUCUACAUCGACAAGCAACCUUCGGCGUCAUCCAUCCUGGAAAAUGGAUUUUUUGGAAGCUCGGGGGCUGCCGACAAGGAAAUCUAUCGUGCGGACAUCCUGGUCCAGGAUGCCUGUGCUAUUCCUCUUGACCCGGUGACGAUCAAGGCGUACACGGCGGAGUGGGAAGAAAAGGUGCGAACCGAGAAAGAGCGCGAAGUGGAACUGGAGAGCUUGAAGCAUACCGUGUCCACCCAGAGCUCUCGGGUGCGCCUGCUCGAAGAACAAGCGGAGGCAUCCGACAAAGAGCACGUUCAGCUGGCGUCCGAGCUCAUCCACGUCAAGGUUGAGAACGAAGAGCUUUCCGACUUGAACGAUGCCCUGAAGAUGCAAGUGAAGGAGCUCAAGAACGUGUGUGACAAACAGCCUGCGGAGGUGGAGGAGAAGCUCCGGACCGAGAUGGACCGCAUCAUGAAGCGCAACAUCGAGGUGCAAAACGAGAACCGGUCUAUGGUGGAACAGAUGGCGGAGAUGGAGAAGGAGCUUGUUGAGGCAAAGAUGCAAUGGGCCGAGAUCAGCGAAAACUACGAAAAUCUGAAGCAAAAAUGGGGUGAUCUCCGCAAAGCUCUUGGAUAG